AUGUACUCACAAUUUAUUUUCCAUUUAAUAGCAACUAUAUUUUUGGUAAAGGCCAUAUAUUUACCAUCAGAACCUUGGGUCACUUUAACACCAACAAAAACUUGUCAAAAUGGAUUAAAGGAUUAUGCAACAGAUUUUGGAAUUAUCAUUAAUUCGUUUGUACAAAAUUCAGAAUCAACUCUUCCCUGCAACUCCGUUGCAACACAAACCUUUCAUUAUGUCACUCUAGUGAACCAAAUUCCAGAUGGACAAAUUCAUUGUACCAAAGAUAUAACCACACCGGUAUUACAAAUAAAAGAUGGACAAAUUCAAGCAUUUACUGCAAUACAAAAUUCCAACGUAGAGACAUCAACUGAAAAUAAGGGUAGAAAAUCUUUUUAUAUGAAAACUAUGGACAAGACCUGUAAAACAGAUAGUAUAUUAACAUUAAAACUAGAUAAUGGUGUUUUAACUGAUCAUAUAGGGAGAAUCGGUUCCAUUGUCUCUAAUAGACAAUUCCAAUUUGAUGGACCUCCACCACAAGCUGGUGCCAUUUAUGCUGCAGGUUGGUCUAUUACUAAAGAUGGUUACUUGGCUUUAGGUGACAGUGAUAUCUUCUACCAAUGCCUUUCCGGUAAUUUCUAUAACUUAUAUGAUGAAAGUAUUGGAGGUCAAUGCUCCCAAAUACAUCUCCAAAUUACUAAUCUUAUUACUUGUUAA